GCGGCCGCGCGCGUGUGGCCCAGAAGAACAGUGCGGUGAGUGGAGUGUACGGCGAGGCGGAGCCAUGGCGCCCCUUCCGGUGUCGUCCAUCCUCGCGCCGUCGCCGCCGCCGCCGGCCGCGAAGGUCUCCCCGCGCCGCACUCCAGCGAGCGCUGCGCCUGUCGCCGCCGCCGUUUCGGCGGCAUUGCUCGCGGUGACUCCCGCCGCGCGCGCCGCAGCGUUCUCCAAGGAGGACGUCGCCGGCUCGGUGACCAAGGUGGUGGAUACGGUGGACCAGGUCAUCGGCGUCGGCGGCAAGGUCGCCGAGCAGUCCGCUGGCGUGCUCAAGACGCUGGGCGAGGCCGCGAAACCGGCUCUGCCCGUGCUGAAGAGAGCCGGCGAGCAGGCGCUGAAGCUCGCCUCGCCGGUUGUGUCCGGCGCCUCCAAGCAAGCCACGGAGGCGCUCCAGGGCGCCGGCGUCGACCCCGCCCCCGUUCUUUCCGCCGCUAAGACCGCGGCGCAGCAGGGUACGAAGGUCAUCGACGCCGCGAAGCCCAUCGCCUCGGCGACCGUGGAGACCAUCGUGUCGUGGGGCUCGGCGGACUACGUCGUGGCCGCCGGAGCGGCGUUCCUUGCGUACCUGCUCCUGCCGCCGGCCUGGUCCCUGCUUUCCUUCACCCUCCGCGGUUACAAAGGCGACCUGACCGCUGCACAAGCUCUGGACAUGGUCACCUCGCAAGAUUACGUGCUGAUCGAUGUGAGGACGGAGAAGGACAAGGCCAAGGCCGGCGUGCCACAGCUCCCCUCGAACGCAAAGAACAAGCUCAUAUCUAUUCCGCUGGAAGAGCUUCCGAGCAAGACGAAGAGCAUGGUGCGCAACGCGAAACAAGCCGAGGCAGAGAUCGCGGCGCUGAAGAUCUCCUACCUCAAGAGGAUCGGCAAGGGCUCCAACGUCAUCAUCAUGGACUCGUACAGCGACAGCUCGAAGAUCGUGGCGCGGACGCUCAACGGCGUUGGGUUCAAGAACUGCUGGGUGAUGGCCGGCGGCUUCUCCGGGCGGAAAGGGUGGGCGCAGAGCCGGCUCGGGACGGACUCGUACAACCUCUCGGUCGUCGAGGUCGUGACGCCGUCGCGGGUGAUUCCUGCAGCCGCUGAUCGGUUUGUGACUGCUUCGUCGACUUCGCGGGCAACCACGAGUCGUAAGCUUCUUCCCGGCAGCGUGGACGGGUGAAACAGAAGCAGGAACGAUCACUGUAAAUUCCGUAUUCGUCUCAAAUUCUAGUUGCAACUUUUUGGGGUUUGUUUUUCUGUCAUCAUAAUGGAAAAGGAAAAGGGUGCAUCCUUCUGUAAACAAAAGUUGCAUCUGUUAUGUUCUGUACUUUCUGUACGAUGAUCCAAAUCGGUUAGAAACCUGUGAAAAGGUGAAUAGUAGUGGGCUGGGCCCGGUAGAAGAGGCUAAAA